GCGUGCGUUACCAUCGAGUUGACGAGCCAUAGCCGACAGUCGUCAAAAAUAAAAAAGAUUCCGUAAAUAUGGUAGGCUCAAGUGUUUGGUUACCGCAUUUAUUCGCAAAAAUCACAAGAACUAGAAGUGAAAAUGUCUAAGGUGAAGCGCAAAAUAACGGUGAACCUUACUCCAAAAAGUAAAGCAUUACCGAAGUCAAGACCGAGCGUUUUCGAACGUUUAGGCACCAAAGCGAGUUCUUCCAGCAAUACUAAAGAGUAUUGCCACCAUUGGGCUCAAAGCGGAUCGUGUCCAUUUGGUAAAGGCUGUAAAUACUCGGCCACACAUAUAUUGGUGAGUCCCUCUAAGCAAAGGGCGCAAAAGGGGUCGCAGGACCCUAAAAGAAGGCUAACAAAGGAUGCCUUCAAAAGGCUACACCCAGGAGAAGAAGGUGACUACGAUCAGUGGGACCCAGACGAACUAGAGGACGCCGAUCCCGAUGAUCUAGAGAAACGACGACAAGAGUUACAGAGAGAGUUAGAGUUGCAAAUGAAGAUGGAGAAUAAAGCGAGGAAAAAAGACAAGAAAGUGAAGAAGGAGAGUUCGCCUUCCACUGAAACUUCCAGUAGUUCGAGUAGUUCAAGUGACACAAGUGAUGAUUCAAGUUCUUCAAGCUCAUCUUCAGUGGAGCAAAAACGCAAGAAGACCAAAAAAACUAAAGGCAAGCGCAAUAGUUCGUCGUCAUCCGAAGAACGGCUUAAAAAACACAAGAAAAAAGCGUCGUCUAAAUCUUCAACGCGGGAGAAAACAAAAAAAAUUAAACCCCCUGUUAAAGUGGUGACAAAAUCCCCAACGCCCAGUAGAAAACGUUCGCAAACGCCCCCAAUUAAACCCUCAAAACUUGCCGUUAAAGAAAACAAAUCCCCUCGACCUGUGAGUAGAAGCAGUGAUCGUAAGGAGAAACAUCGCACCCCGUCUCCUAAACCUUCCAAGGACAAAGAGAGAGAUAAAGAGAAGGAAAGGGAAAAGGAGAGGGAACGUGAGAGAGAAAAGGAACGCGAAAAAGAGCGUGAGAGGGAGAAAGAGCGUGAAAAAGAACGCGAGAGGGAAAAAGAGCGUGAAAGGGAGAAAGAAAAGGCUAGAGAGAGAGCUAAGGAGCGAGAAAAGGAUAAGGAUCAUAAGAAGAAAGAUUCUAGGUCUCCUAAGAGAGAUAGUAGGAGUGUUAAAGACUCUAAGAAAAGAGACAGUCCAGAUUCUACACAUUCCAGGGAUAGAAAAAAUUCUCCUGGAAGACCUAAAAGUAGCAGUAGCAGAAAGGAAAAUCAUAAGAGUCCUUCCUUGAAGGAUGAAAGAAGGAGUGACAAAAGGGAUGAUAGAGACAGGUCGAGGACGAAGGAUCGCGCCGGCGACGGCAAGUCCGUUUCGUCGCGCGGCAAAGAGAAGCGCGACUCGCGAGACAAGGAGCGCGACCGCGACCGCGAGCGCCGCCUGGCGAGAGAGGAGCGCGAAGCGGCCCGCGAGAAGGAGCGCGAGGAGGCCUUGGCCCGCUGCCAGGAGCGACAGCGCGAACGCGAGCGCCUCAAGGAGCUGGCCAAGAAGGAGGAGCUGGAGAGGAGCAGGGGCAGGGAGAGGACCCGCAGGGGGGAGGAUCGCGGACUGGACAAACCUUCAGGCGAUCGUAUUGAAAGACUGUUGCCUCUGCCCGAAGACCGGGUACCUCCAAGUCGUAAGGGUCAUUCUCUUGAAAGAGACAGAAGCGAAAGAAGAGGAGGAGGGGAUAGAAGAGAUAGAACUCCCGAUAGGGGUUCCCGGAAAACUCCGGACAGGCACGAUAGAGACAUCGACAAGGAUAGAGGAUACGAUCGUUCGUACGAUCGCGGCUACGACAGGGAUCAUGACAGGGAGUACGGGAAUAUUCCCUCGAGGCUUAGGGAAAAUGACAGGAGGUUGGAUGACAAAGAUUACGAUUCCCCAUAUGAUAGAAAUCGUAUCGACGAUAGAAGAUAUAUGGAUUUAGAAGAGCAUUACAAUGAUAAUGCCAGAGAUGAAAGGAUUAAUAUUGAAACUAGGGAAUAUAUGGAUGACAGAAGAGGUAGACGGGAAUUGUGGGAUGACAGAGAACUUGACAGGGAUUUGGAUCACAACAGGCGGUACGCAAGGGGCGACGAAUCGCGUUCGGGGUCCCUGAAGGGUCGCGAAUGGGGUGACCCGGAAUAUCCCGAUCAGCACGGCGAUUGGGACCGAAUGGGGCGACGGCCGAUGGACUACGAUUCCAGAGGUCCAACCGAUUCUUGGGGUGGCGAGGGAAGCAAUCUGGAUCACGGAAAGCAUAUGACCGAGGAAGAGUGGAGGGGGCACUACGGUAACGGGAGAGGGGGCAUGGAGAAUUGGAGCAAUGAAGAUAGAAGAAGGUGGCCACAAGAAUGGAGAGAUCGUGAAAGGUCUCGACCGAGAAGUUCAACUUCACACAGAGAUGAUGACUCUAAUUUGGAAUCUAGGCGCAAAGACGCGACCGCGGCAGCGCCCCCUUCGACCCUAUCGAGACUGGAGGCCCGCAGCCCGCACUCCGACUCGAAAUCGUCGAUAGCCGAGCCGGUCUCGUCGGAGACCAAGAAAGAAUCGGCCGCGGCCGCCGCCGCCGCGGUGUCGGCGCCGAAACGCGCGGCCGACGAGCCCCCCGACAGCCCCACCGACGCCAAGAAGCCCUGCGUCGUCAAGGAGGCGCCUCCGGUGCUAGAGGACGACCUGAGCGAGAUCAGCGACGACGCGGACGAGAUACUCAACAGAGCCGAGGAAAUCAACGAGAUGGUAGCUGAAGAAUCCGCUCCAACAGAACCUACGGAUAAUGCUAGCGUCAAGGAUCAAAACACGUCGACGACCUCGCAAAAAUCUCAGUCGCCAUCUAGGUCUCCCCCUCCGCGUUUGCAAAAGGAGGAAUCCCUAGAGGAGAACUUGGAUUUGGACUUUGAGGAAAUCUCGGAGGACGAGCUGGAAGAGGAGUCCAGAAUUAAAGGUAUCGGAGAUGCAUUGGGCGUGGAUUGGGCCAGCUUGGUGGCCGAAUCCAGGCCGAGAUCGAAGCCGGCUUCGUCGGCCAAAAGGAGGUGGGAGAGCCACAACGUUUUGGCCAACCUGGGCGUUUCCGUGAACUUCACCAGCGAAGAGUUCGUCAAGGAUAUCCUCAAGCAACACAGUGAAGCGGAAGCUAAAGAACUAAUGGAGGAAAGUUUUGCGAAAAACGAAGCAAGUAUUAACGGGAUAAAACAGGAACCCGUUGAGGUGAAAAUCGAGGAAAACUCCACUGAUUACGAGGAUAUUAAUGUUUCCCAUCCAUUGGCUGCCAUACAAGUGGCCAAUCGCGACCAAGCAGCCAUCAGGAAAACUUUAUUUUCCAAUGUGGGGCCCUUCAGAAGGGCCCUGUCUGCUCGUAGGGAUUUAAUGAUCAGAAGGCAUUUAUGCAACCUGCCCAUUAAUGAUUCCUACGUUGAACCUCCUAAACCUCACGAUCCUGAAUUGCUUAGGUUGGCAACAAUGUUGUUUGAACGCUGUUUGUAAUUUUUUAAAGUUGGUGUAUUGUGAAUAAAAUUAAUUUUAUAUUGCAUAAUUAUUUAAUAAACGUAUUAUACAGA